GAUUUAUGUCAUCAGCCGGCGACAGCGGAAGCAGAGAGUAGAAGGAGGAUUUGGAGCGGAUUUGUUGGAUUAUAUCGUCACAGAGAGCGGCUAGCUGCCACUUCAAUACUUUGUCUGGAUAAAAUCUGACUCCUCGAAACUGUUUGUGUUGUUUACAUCGAAGACACGUCACACUGCUGCGUGAUAAACAACAAAUAAAAGGAGAGAAGAGGAUUCACCGCGAGGAGACGCAGUAACCCGGUUUCCUUGACAACGCACAGCAGGUGUUCUCUGCUGUCACCAUGUCGUCUGUGGAGUCAAGUGGUGACGGUGGGAAGUGGCUGGACGCUCAUUAUGACCCGGUGGCGGGUCUGUACACCUUCACGUCCUGCGUGGACCUGGCAGACCUGAGCGGCGACGGGGAGAGCCGGCUGGUGGUCGGGGAUCUGGGCUCCGGCUCCUCGGCCAUGAAGCUGAAGGUGUACCGGGGCACGGCGCUGAUGAGCGAGAGCACCCUGCUGGACCUGCCCGCCGGCCUUGUCGCCUUCUUCAUGGACCUGCACGAACCACGCAUCCCCGCCGUCGCCGUGGCAUCUGGACCCUGCAUCUACGUCUACAAGAACCUGCGGCCGUACUUCAAGUUCACGCUGCCCGGCCUGGAGGUCAACACACUGGAGCAGGACGUGUGGCAGCAAGUGAGGGAGGGUCAGAUCGACCCUCUGACCCUUAAGGAGAUGUUGGAGAGCAUCAGGAAGAAGGCCGACGUCCCGCUGUCCGUCCGCUCGCUCAGGUUCCUGUCUUUGGAGACCAACGACAUGGACGAGUUCGUCCAGCUGCACAAACAGCAGCCAAUCAGGCGCCAGACCGUCAUCACCUGCAUCGGGACUCUGAAGAAGAGCACAGCUGACGAGGACGGCGUCAGCUGUCUGGUGAUUGGUACAGAGAGCAACGACGUCUUCAUCCUGGAUCCCGAAGCCUUCAUCAUCCUCUCCAAAAUGUCGCUGCCGGCCGUUCCCACCAUGAUGGACGUGACGGGUCAGUUUGACGUGGAGUUUCGCAUCACAGUGGCGUGUCGCAAUGGCAACAUCUACAUCCUGCGCAGGGAGUCGGACAAACCCAAGUACUGCAUCGAGCUGUCGUCUCACCCGGUGGGUCUGGUGAGAGUUGGGAAGAACGUGGUGGUCGGCUGCACCGACGAGAGCCUGCAGGGCUUCACACAGAAGGGGAAGAAGCUGUGGACGGCUGUCCUCCCCGCUCCCAUCACCGCCAUGGCUGCCAUGGACCUCCCCACCAGGGGCUUCCAGGCAGUUCUGGUGGGUCUGGCCAACUGUGAGGUCCAGCUGUACCGAGACAAGAACCUGCUGAGCACCAUCAAGACACCAGAUGUUGUCACCAGCAUCUGCUUUGGCCGGUACGGGCGUGAGGACGGGACCCUGAUCAUGACCACCAAGGGAGGGGGCCUGAUGGUGAAGAUCCUGAAGAGGACGGCGACCUUUGACGACAGGGACAGCGCCCCGGGGCCGCCACUGGCCCAGAGCGUCCGCCUCAACGUGCCGAAGAAGACCAAGCUGUACGUGGACCAGACGCUGAGGGAGCGCGAGAAUGGCCUGGCCAUGCACCGGGCCUUCCAGAUGGACCUGAGCCGCCUGCGCCUGGCCGCUGCCAAAGCUUAUGUCAAGGCGUUGGAGUCCAGCCUGACGCCGAUGUCCUCCAGCCUCACCGAGCCACUCAAGAUGAACGCGGUGGUGCAGGGCCUGGGCCCGUCCUUCAAACUGACCCUAAACGUCCAGAACACGGCGGCGUGUAGGCCCGUCAUGAACCUGGCCAUCAGCUUCCUGUACGACGAGAGCCUGUACAGGAUGAGGAACCCGUACAUGAGGAUCCCUCUGCUGGUGCCCGGACUCAUCUACCCUGUCGAGACCUUUGUGGAGUGCACCAGUGACAAGGGCAUCUCUGACAUCAUCAAGGUGUUCAUCCUGCACGAGGGGAAGAGCUCGCCGCUGCUGACCGCCCACAUCAACAUGCCCGUCAGCGAGGGACUGACGCUCAACUGACAACACACGACACUUCAACUCCCUUCAUGACAGACUCCAAACAUCACCAGACUGAACUGACAACACACAACGCUUCAAUUUUAUUCAUUACAGACUCCAAACAUCACCAGACUGAACUGACAACACACAACGCUUCAACUUUAUUCAUUACAGACUCCAAACAUCACCAGACUGAACUGACAACACACAACGCUUCAACUUUAUUCAUUACAGACUCCAAACAUGAACGUUAGAUAGAAGGCUACGUGAAACUUUUUUUUAAAAGAAUUCCAAAGCUGAAUUUAUGAAAUAAAAUCUGUAGAUGUAUCUGUAGAUAGAUAGAUUUGUUAAUGAAAACGGUAGUGACAUCAGAUGUGUGUGUGUCAUCGACAUGUUUGAACUCCGAGGGCUAAAAAUCACUGCAGACAAAAGACAUUUGGUUUUGUUAUAAAGGUCUGUAUAGAACAGGCAAAAUAUGUUCUCCAUAUUCUGUUUUAUAAAUGUAGGCUUGUAUAAAGUUAAAUAAAACAAUAAAUAUUUAA